CCUCCAUAGAGCUGCCCAAAGCUGGCUAUGCAGACAUGGAAGCGAGUGGUGACGGGGACGAGAGCCCCACAAGAGAGACACAUGCUGAAGCAGAACCGACCUUGGUCCCCUUUGAUGUAGUGGAAGAUUCUCCAGACAAUCGACCAAACAACUGUUUGCUUGUCUUGAAUGUAGUCUUCCCAUUCCUGAUUCUGAUGGACACCGGUUUCAGGAGACAAAAUGUCGACAAGCCUCUCUCCUUCAUACGUGUCGUUGAACGCUGGCGUCGAGUGCGGCCAGUGCUGCCGAAGGCUCCAAAGUUGAGCCAAUGUUUUCUGUCCCUUCUGCUGGUCACGUUGUUUGUCAAUGCUGGUGUUGUUUACAUCAUAUUGUCGAUCUCGUCCAUGACUCCCGAAAUGGAGAUGGGCGAGGACCAGAAACUUCGGAAUGCAACUUUGAAGCCGAGGGUUGGCAAUCAUUGGACGUUGGCAACAAUAGGCAAAUAUCUGCUGCAGACUGCACUGAUUCAUUACCUUUGCUGGCAAGUUCUCGAACAGGAUCGGUUCAUUGCGAAGAUGCGCUUAGAAGACCCCAAUGGCUUGAAUAAACCUGGCCUCGUCCAUUUCAUGAGAAGAAUGUUGGCCCGCCUCUUUUGCUACACCUACAAGGAAAUGUGGCUAUCUGCCCAGUUCAUAGAUCAUUUGCUACUGAUGUUGGUGGGCCUACCUUACUCGAUUGUGCAGCCCAUGUUGGCCGUCCUACAUAUAGAACUCCGAGACAAGGGAGUAGAAUUGCAAGGAGCGCUGCAAGGAGAUGCGUGGCUGGUCAUGUCUGGUGCACUGGGUUGCUAUUCAGGUUUAUUGAUGGUUGGCUUCCUUUGUGCCACGCUGGGAAAUGGCGUGAAAGCUCGCCGUGGAUAUUCCUAUGUCUUUCAUAUUUGUACCUUGGCCCUCGCCACUUUGAUGAUCCUGGAGUUCUUGGUACAGCAGCAGGCCCGGCAACGCUAUUCGCAAUUCCACCUCAAGGAGCUGGUGGCGAGAUUUUGGUAUUAUCGAGUGAUCCGUGUUUGCAUGAGCGCCUCCCAGCUCUUCGCAACCCACUCGCUAUGUAUGCUGUGUGCUAUUCUACUGGGCCAUGCUCAGCACUUCGAGAAAUGUCCUGACUUAGCAUGGAGGGUGGCCUGUAAGGAGGCACUGGCGGUCGCCACCUUCCUAGUGGCGGUUGCAUGGUUGGGCUACUAUGAACGUGUCGGCCAUCUCUGGCCUUUGUGCUUGCCACGCUCGUUCAUGAUCGGGGCACUUUGGGAGGGUACUAUAUUUGGACUUCACAUCGUCAUUGGCUUCGUCUUGCUGGCCGUGGGACUGCAUCAUUCCAAAGAAGUGGUUCAACUGGGCACUCAUGAGAACUCGAGAUUGCUGAAAUCUAUCAGGAAACUCUUUGACUUUGACAGCUUCCUCAUUUGUGUCACAUUUGUUGCGUCCUCGCCGCAUCUUCUGGUGGAAAUUUACGACUUGUACGCUGAGAAGAUGUACACUUUAUGGGCCUUGCAAAUCCUUUCCAGCAUGUACCCCUUGGGCGUUGCGGUUUUCACCUUUGCAGCAUGGAAGCAACCACCUCUCCACGGAAUGAGUCGCCGCUGCUUGUGGUUGGCUUUAGCUUCCGUGUUUGAAACCUUCAUUCACAACCAGCUGCUGGAGGACUGUGAGUUUGCAUCCGCCACACCAGGCUGCUGCGCCUUUCCUUCUAUGCAUGAUGUGAAUGCUGAGGGAGGACACAGACUCUGGGAGAUGUGCGCAUUGGACCAUCGUUGUAGGAAGCAAAAUCCCGCCUCCCGUUCAGACAACAGCAGCUAUUUCUGCAAGCUGCCACUGGACUUCCACGAACAUGGCCAUGGCUAUGGCCAUGGCGAGGAUGGCCACAGCGGCCAUCCACAAGUCGAUGUCCAUUCUGAGUUCCACCUGCGAUGGGGCGAGCAGCUUCCGAGUCCUACGUGCGAUGAGAUGCGCCAGCACUGGUCAGAUUUUCCGGAUGAUCUGAAAAUCCAAGAGACCAGUGAACAUGAAGAAUCAUUCUCUACAGCCUUCAAGCAGUUCAAGACCAUUGGGGCAGCUGGUGAUAUCGAGUUCAACUUUGCAGUGCUAGGGAUUCUGAUGAAGGUGAUCUUGUUUGUUGCACAUCCCAACAGCGAUGAAAUUCUCCAGUUGAGACGACAUGCACACCCGCAGCAUUGAGCAGCGACGAGCUGCAAAUCAGAAGCAGCCUAGAAGGCUGAUGAUACACCAUACACACACACAUUUUUUUUUGGUUGUCAUGGGGGUAGCCCCAGUCAUCAUCCCAUUUUUGUUGGCUGAUUUUCCAUGACAUAAACCAUCCAGCGAUAAAGGGAAACGCUGCAACCAUCCAGCGUUUCAUCGGUUUCACCUCCAUGCCUCGAUUGAAAAAGGUGAGCCAGGUGACCUCAUGAACCAAUGACCCAUGGUGAACCAUCAUACUGGUAGUUUUUUG